AUGUCGACCGAUAAAGGGUUUGAAUUAUUAAAAGAGUACGAACGUUCGACCGAUCCCAUACCACCAUUUAACGUGUGUAAACACCUGUGCAAAGUGAGUUACGAUCGGAUUCAAAUUGCCCUUUUCUUUGCCAUUUUCCAGGACGAUGGCGUGCGGUCAGUACUGGAGGACAUAACAAAGAUAUACCAAGAGAACUAUUUGCAUGCUACAACGUUCAAUCAAACAGGUGAUCGGAAAUUUCUGCCCCUCGUUAUGUACCGGCACAAUCUGAUAAAACGGCAGAAACGAUGUGCGCUGGCGUACCUUGCGAACCGUUUGUUCCGUUUGAAGCGUCUCCGAUGGCACGUGGGCCCGAUUUUGCCGCCGGAAAUUAAGGCCUGCAUCAACGAACCGGAAUCGGUGUGGUUCAACAAAUACUCGAAAAUACUCGCCGAAUAUAUGGCCUCCAUCCACGAUGGGUACGGGCUGAAUCUGACGAACGACAUUAAACCACCGAAAUCGCUCUAUAUCGAGGUUCGUUGUUUGACCGAUUACGGGAAGUUUGAGCUGGAAAAUGGAGAGAUUGUACUGCUCAAGAAAAACAGUCAGCACUAUCUACCGAAGCUACAGUGUGAACAGUUAAUUCGGCAAGGCAUUCUACAGCACAUUACGUAG